GACUGGAGGAAAAGUUAACAAUGGACAAAUCCUUUCCCAUUUCAGUGCAACCUUGUCUCAGGAUCCGUGUGUAAUAAUAACUAGAACUGAGAAAAAACGUUUCUGCAAACCUAAACAAGAGAUAAGGAAAGGUACCCUGGCUUAAAAUCACAUUUGUUUGUUUCAGGCUAGGGCUUGGGCAAUACUAAACAAGUGGAAAGUGUACCACUAAGGCUGGUUAUUAUUUCUAUAUAUGGGUCAACCAGUCCUUCCACAGCCAAAGGGGAGCAGGGGCUGUUAAACUUCAAUGAGUUUAACAACCUCCCUCCCUGAGCAGAAGUCAUGUGCUGCACCUUACAACUGGGAGACACAAUGUAAGGAGGGCAAUCCGACUGAGCGGCUCGACAUGCUUUCAAUGCUUUUUUUGAACUUCAUUUCACAGCAGCUUCCAAGAUGAAUUUAAGCGAGGGAGCCAAUAAAUCAAAGAAAGAGCUUCCAAACAAAUCGCUGCUAUUGGCUGUGUUUGCUGCUUGUGUUGGAGGAACGUUUCAGUAUGGAUACAACAUCUCUAUCAUCAACGCACCCACAAUGCAUGUACAAAACUUCAUCAACCAGACCUGGAUGCAGCGCUAUCAAACCAACAUAUCACGGGAUGGACUCACGCUGCUCUGGUCCACUAUUGUUUCCAUGUUCACCUUAGGAGGGUUCAUGGGGGCAUCAGUGGGCGGGACUCUGUCUGUGAAGCUGGGGAGGAGAGGGACGCUGCUGGCCAAUAACGCCUUUUCACUGACAGCUGCUCUGCUGAUGGGUCUGAGCUCCACUGCAGGGUCAUUUGAGCUGCUCAUCAUUGGACGGCUCCUCAGUGGGAUGAAUGCAGGCAUUGCCCUGUGUGUUCAGCCUCUUUACUUGGGGGAAAUAGCUCCGACUGCAUUGCGUGGGGCCAUGGGAAUGGGAACUUCAGUCUUCAUCACUGGUGGAAUCUUAACAGGACAAGUUAUGGGCCUCAAAGAAAUUCUCGGUAAAGAAGAGUACUGGCCCAUUCUGCUCUCCACCACAUGCAUCCCUGCAUUCCUGCAGCUCCUUACUCUGCCCUGGUUCCCAGAGAGCCCGCGCUACCUGUUUAUUGACAAAGGAGAUGAGGAGAGAUGUAAAAAAGCCUUGAGGCAGCUCCAUGGCUUAGCUGACUCUGGUGAUGCUUUUGAGGAUAUUGAGAAGGAGAAGAAUAAUUUGGUGGGUUUCCAAGCCAAGAAGCCCUGGGAACUCUUCUCUGAUCGCAAUUUACGGUGGCAACUUCUCACCAUCAUCCUCCUGAACAUUGCUCAGCAGCUGAAUGGCAUUAAUGCUAUUUACUUCUAUACAGAUUAUGUGUUCCGACAAUCUGGUAUUCCUAUGGAUAAAAUACCUUAUGCAACUGUCGGCACUGGUGCCUGUGAGUGCAUCACAGCUUUAACGUGUGGUAUGCUUAUUGAAUAUCUGGGAAGGAAAGUCCUCAUCAUGGGGGGAUAUGCACUCAUGAGUGUCUGCUGUGUUUUUUUCACACUGACUCUCACUUUCCAGGAUUUCAGCCCAGUUUUUCCGUACCUGAGCAUGGUGUGUGUUUUUGCCUUCAUCUUGAGUUUUGGCUUAGGACCAGGUGGCGUGACUAAUAUCCUAACCACAGAGUUGUUCACACAAAAUGCUCGGCCUGCUGCCUUCAUCAUUGCAGGAUCAGUGAACUGGCUCAGCUUCUUCUUAAUCAGCAUGGUCUUUCCCUUCAUUGUGAUUGGGCUACAGCAGUACUGUUUCCUGGUCUUCUUGGCAGUUUGCGCCUUGGUGGUCACCUACAUAUUCUUUGUCGUUCCUGAAACAAAGAACAAAACCUUUGUGGAAAUUCAGAAUGAGAUCCAGUCAUCGAAGACGAACAAGUUUUGCAGUUCAGAUGGAGCUGGAACUAUACUCUUAUCAACAUCCAUCUAAAGUGUUUCUCAAACAAACUUUGUCACGCACAAAAUAAUGAGGAUAAACACACAGGCAUGAUAUUGAAGACUGUAAUAAAUAUCUACUAAAUGAAAUUAAGAUGACCUUGUUACACAUCCCUGUAUUAUACAUGAUGGUUUGUACUACCUCUGUAAAGGGUGCUUUACUUAAAAUUUUAAAUACA